AUGGAGUCCUUCUCAGUCAACGUCCGCCCAGACACAGGCUGCGAGGAUGAGGGCGUGCCGAAAGAGCCAACGGCUGUGGAGAUCGGUGGGGACGUGACGCUCAAGUUUUACGCCAAGCAUGCGGAGAGCGGCCACAAGGAGACCUACAGCGUCACGGUCAAGCGGCUCUUGGGCUCCGAGACGCAGCUGCAGAGCCUUGAGGUGCAGCACGGAAAGCUAACACCUUUCCCGUUUUCGCCAGAAGUGCGUGUUUACAGGGUCACCUUAGACCUGGAAGCUGACAUGAUCAAGGUCCUGUACCGGCUGCGGGACAAUGAGCAACGUUUGCGCGUAGAAGCCGGGCCUGAGGAGAUGUUGGGAGCUCGGCGUUUGGGGGUCCUGGAGCGGGACGUAGACUUGCAUCCUCCCUCUGGAGAGGUGCAAUACAAGGACGUUGCCACGAGCUUUAUGUUGGAUGUGGGAUAUGAGCGCCGCAUCACUUUUACCAUCCAAUGCGCCGACCCAACGCAGGCCAGCAUCGGCACCUACACGCUCAACGUGGAGCGAGGGAACUGCCCAGAGGAGAGGCCCUACUUUGAGGCGCAGAAGAGGAAAUGCGUGAACUUCUGCCCAGAAGGCUUCUACCGCAACGAGGACCACCGAUGCUCGCAGUGCAACAGCAACUGCAAAGUCUGUACCGAUCUGUUGGACUGCAAGAUGUGCUUCCCGGAUACUACCCAGUUUGCAUAUGUCAUCCAGCCGGAUGGAAAGUGCAAGGAGUUGGUGAACCACAUCUAUGCCAGGUACAAGUGGUGGUGCCUGGGCUUUGGCACGUUGCUGACCUUCCUGGUUUGUGUGGGCUGCGCAGGAAUCUGCACCUUCUGCUCCUCCAGGGAAGCAGGUGCGGCCAAGAAGCCUGACAGGCGGCGCUUCUUCGAGGAUGACUUGGAGGAAGACAAGCAGCUGCUGCAAUUUCCGCCUGGCAGGCGUCUUGGAAGGUACUGA